AUUUGCCGUCAUUCCGAUCCGUGCAUUGGUCAGCGGCAUCAAGCAGCAUUGACUGGUAGCUCAUGAUUAGCUGUCAACUGAAAGAGGUUUUUCUGUUGUCUCCAGUGAUGUGAUAACCCUUUUCGAUAUUUUAAGAGGCAUUUGGAAAUUCGUGUUGACGGCCCAGAGUCCGCGAAUUUCCAGCUUUUCAUUCGGACGAUAUUGCAUUACUUCAACUAUCGUUAAACUGAAUACAAUUGUAAUUUUUUAUUCAACAUGACGGAGACGCACAGUUUUGGUGUCAGCCCCAUAACCUGCCAUGCGUGGAACAAAGAUAGAACGCAGUUGGCAUUAUCACCGAACAACAAUGAAGUUCAUAUAUAUCAGCGAUCUUCUAAUGGAUGGAAAUUAUUGGAUAUUUUGAACCAACAUGAUCUACGGGUUAUGGGCAUUGAUUGGGCCCCAAAUACUAACCGUAUCGUAACUUGUGCAGUGGACAGAAAUGCCUAUGUUUGGACUCAGGGAGACGAUGGAAAGUGGAAACCCACUUUGGUUUUACUCAGAAUUAAUAGAGCCGCUACUUGUGUCAAAUGGUCACCACUAGAAAACAAGUUUGCUGUUGGUUCUGGUGCAAGAUUGAUCUCUGUGUGCUAUUUUGAGGAAGAAAAUGAUUGGUGGGUGUCGAAGCAUAUCAAGAGACCGUUGAGAUCAACGGUUACCGCGCUAGACUGGCAUCCCAAUAAUUUGUUAUUGGUUGCUGGAUCAGCUGAUUACAAAGUCCGGGUGUUUAGCGCUUACGUUAAAGAUAUUGAAGAAGCCCCACAACCUGGUCCUUGGGGAACAAAAUCAAGUUUGGGAACUGCAUUGGCCGAAUUUCCAAACUCUCAAAAUGGGGGUGGAUGGGUCCACUCUGUUGCCUUUAGUCAAUGUGGUAACAAAGUGUGUUGGAUUGGUCAUGAUUCAUCCGUUUGUGUCGCUGAUGCUUCCAAAGGCAACACAGUUACACGCUUACCCACAGAGCAUCUUCCAUUUCUAAGCUGCAUUUGGGUCGGGCCGAAUUCUAUUGUGGCUGCAGGACAUAGUUGUUCUCCUAUGCUCUACGCAUUGGAUGAUAAUGGCCAAUUAUAUUUUGCAUCAAAACUGGACAAUACUCAAAGAAAAGAAGCAGGUGGACUUUCGGCUAUGCGAAAAUUUCAAUCACUUGAUCGCCAAGCACGCAUAGAAACAACAGACACUGCCCUGGAUAGUAUUCACCAGAAUGCAAUUACUUGUGUAAGAAAACUGCGAGAAGACAAAUUUAGUACAAGUGGGUUAGACGGACAGCUGGUCAUUUGGGAUCUCAAGAUCGUCUCCAGCCGCAGUGAAGAUGUGCUUCAAUGGAGUGCCAGGGAAUGGCUUGAACUGUAUAAAAUCUGGCAAAUCUGUCAUUCCAGGCCACGUUUCAUCACUUGGUGUACCCAGCGUCUGCAAAAAAUAUUUCAACAAGAAAAAUUGUACCAUAAACUGUUUUGGGUUGUAUUUUUAACUGCAGCAUGUGAUAUAUUCUUUAGAUCAAAACGUCCUAUUUUUCAACUGAACUUGAAUAACAAUAUUGACCUGGAAUAUUCUCGUUAGUUGGUCCAAAUCUGACUCUCCAGGAAGAAAUGGAACGCGUAACAGUAACUCAGCCAGUAUGCAACCAAUUGCCCACAUGUCAACGCCAGUGCCAUAUAAUCUAGCACCGUAAAGCAAUUCUGGUGCUCGGUACCACCUGGUAACAACUUGAUGAGUGUAUAUUCUGUUUGGUGAUCCAAAGAACUUGGCAAGACCAAAAUCUCCUAUUUUUAAUACGCCGCUACUAUUCACAAGCAGAUUGUUGGGUUUUAGGUCUCUGUGAAGUAUCCAAUUGAAGUGGAGAUACUCAAGUCCCUGGAGGGUUUGGAUCAUGUAAGAUUUCACAUUUGCUGAUGUUAAUACAAUAUUAUUAUCUUUUAUUAUAACUUCCAAGUCGGUAUCCAUGAAAUCAAACACCAAGGACACAUUGGAUUUAUGACCAAAGACAUCUGAAAAUUUGUUAUAAUAAAAAUUAGAUAAGUGCUAUUCA